AUGGGUGUCCAAAAGAAGACGCGCAAGUUUGCGCAGACCAAGAGGAUAGUUGGCCAACGAGAUGCACGACUCAAGAAGAACCAAAUGGCCGGCGAGCUAGAAGCCAAGAAGAAAGAGGAAGAAAACAAGGCAAAGCGAGAAAUCCCCCAAGUCUCCUCCGCCCUCUUCUUCCAAGCCAACACCGCCCUCGGCCCCCCCUACUCCGUCCUCGUAGACACAAACUUCCUCUCGCACACCGUGCACGCCAAGCUGGAGCUCGACAAAGCGCUCAUGGACCUCUUAUACGCAAAAGCCACGCCCAUAAUAACCACCUGCGUAAUGGCGGAGCUCGAGAAACUCGGUCCAAAAUACCGCAUCGCAUUACGAAUCGCCCGCGACGAGCGCUGGCAGCGGCUCAAGUGCGAGCACAAGGGCACGUAUGCGGACGACUGUAUUGUGGAUCGCGUGCAGAAGCAUAGGAUUUACCUGGUGGCGACGAAUGAUAGGGAUCUUAAGAGGAGGAUUCGCAAGAUUCCGGGUGUGCCGAUUGUGAGUGUGGCGAAGGGGAAGUAUGUUAUUGAGAGGUUGCCGGAUGUGCCUGAUAGUCAUUAG